AUGAGAGCGAUUUAUCCUAUUAGCACAUCUAUAAAUGAGGUUCGUCAUGUUGCUGCGGGGUUAUGUCUCAACAAUACUACUGAUUUCCUCUCCACUCUCUUCACCAUUUGCAAUAAUCUCCUGGAUCGUUUGAACCGUAUUACGAGUCAUUCGAGGGUUUCAAAAUAUACUGCAUUGGCUGCUACUAAUUCAGCCGUAUCAGUAAUACCCAAUAAACCUCCACUGUCUUCUUCAGCCUCGGAUACAUCCCUAUCAACUCAUUCUGAAAAGCAAAUAACUGAAGGUCGUCAACAGGCUUGGCAAUGUUUGGUGUCGUACUUAUUGUGCUAUCUGGAAUUUUUCGGAAAUCUAUUCUACAACAGUCGCGAUGUAAAGCGAGUGGCUACUCAAGCUGGAUUCUUAAAGGUUGCUCACCUUGCGUCGAAUAUUUGGCCAUUGGGUUUAAUUGACAGUCGAAUAAUGAAUAGCCUUCUCUUCUGUCUGGUCAAUCUCACUGCUGAUUCCUCAAUUCUCACUUCAGACGCCUCUUCCAGCAAAAGUGCAACCACACAGCCUUCUUUGCGUCCAGUAAUCGGUGAGGUUUUAAGUGAUGUCGUUUCAUCUCACAUGUCUAAUUAUGUUUUUUUUGAUAUAACACUCAAAAAGGCAGUGUGA